ACGAGGAUCUGUUUCAAGCCAUCUCCAGCUGCAUAUGAAAAAAAACGGGAUGCACUGAAACGUUCCAAUGCUAAUGAGAGAAAACUGCGGAAAAUCGAGGAGACGAGUGAAAAAAUGAGUGGUUGGUUUAAGAAAACAAGUAUUUUCGUCGUAGCCGACAACAAACAGCAUGAUAACGUAGUAUUUUUUCUCUUGUGAAAAGCGGAAAGAAGGAAAAAGGAAAGUUUGGGUAGUUUGUGUCAACUAAAGUAUGGCGCGAGAGUUUAGAGAGCCCGGAGCGGUCGAGUGUUCUAAAGUAAAGAAGAGGACCAAAAAGAAAAACAGGAAAGAAAAUAAAACCAGAACUGUGCAUUCAAAUUUAUUAUAUGACCAUGCCAAAGGACACGACAACCCAAACAGACAUUACGCAAACAAUAAGAUUAAAACGACGAAGUAUACCCUGCUCUCCUUUCUGCCAAAGAAUCUUUUCGAGCAGUUCCAUCGAUUUGCCAACGUGUAUUUUGUUUUCAUCGCUUUAUUAAACUUUGUUCCCGUUGUUAAUGCUUUUCAGCCCGAGCUAGCCCUGGCUCCGGUGGUUUUUAUAUUGUCAGUUACUGCAAUAAAGGACCUAUGGGAAGAUUAUAGAAGGCACCGUUCGGAUAAAGAAAUAAAUCACAUGGACUGUCUCGUCUUCUGCAGGAGAGAGAGGCGCUACGUGGAGCGGUACUGGAAGGAGGUGCACGUCGGCGACUUCAUCCGGCUGCGGUGCAACGAGAUCCUCCCCGCGGACGUGCUGCUGCUGAGCUCCAGCGACCCGGAUCACCUGUGCCACAUCGAGACGGCCACGCUGGACGGCGAGACCAACCUGAAGCAGAGACAGGUGGUGCGCAGCUUCAUUGACCAGGAUGGUGAUUUUGACCCCACUCAAUACAACAGCAUCAUUGAGUGUGAGAAGCCAAACAAUGACUUGAACAGGUUUCGAGGUUACAUAGUUCAUGGGACCGGCCGAAGGGAAGGUCUGUACAAAGACAACCUGCUGCUGAGGGGCUGCACUGUCAGGAACACAGAGGAGGCUGUGGGGAUCGUCAUCUAUGCAGGCCACGAGACGAAGGCCAUGCUGAACAACAACGGUCCGCGGUACAAGCGCAGCAAGCUGGAGAGGCAGAUGAACGUGGACGUGUUCUGGUGUGUCAUCAUCCUGCUGAUAAUGUGCCUGUUCUCAGCCAUAGGGCACGGACUGUGGAUGUUCCAGUACGGCGACCAGCGGCCCGUCUUCGAUGUGCUCAGCCCAGAGGGAAACGAGAUGUCCCCUGCGCUGUCAGCAAUUUACCUCUUCCUCACCAUGAUUAUUGUGUUCCAGGUGCUGAUCCCCAUCUCCCUCUUCGUUUCCAUCGAGAUCGUUAAAAUCUGCCAGGUCUAUUUCAUCCACCAAGACGCGGACCUGUACGACGAGGAGACGGACUCGCCCCUGCAGUGCCGGGCCCUGAACAUCACGGAGGACCUGGGCCAGGUGCAGUACGUCUUCUCCGACAAGACCGGCACGCUGACGGAGAACAAGAUGGUGUUCCGCCGCUGCGCGGUGGCGGGGGUGGAGUACUCGCACGACGCCAACGCGAGGAGGCUGGCCGCGUACCAGGAGAUGGACUCCGAGGAGGAGGAGGGUCUUUCGACGGGCACGCUGCCGCGGCGGGACAGCGCCGCCAGCCACCAGAGCGCCAGGGUGGUGCUGCGCUCCCAGAGCACCAAGUCCCACCGCCGCACCGGCAGCCGCGCCGAGGCCAAGAGAGCCAGCAUCCUGUCCAAGCACACCGCCUUCAGCAGCCCCAUGGAGAAGGACAUCACGCCUGACCCGCAGCUCCUGGACAAGGUGAACGAGUGCAGCAGCCAGCCUCUGGGGCAGCUCUCCCACGAGCUGUCCGACAUCAUGGAGUUCUUCAUCGCGCUCACCAUAUGCAACACCGUGGUGGUCUCCUCCCCUAGUCAUCCUCGACAGAAGGUGCGGAUGAGGUUCGAGCUCAAGUCCCCGGUGAAGACCAUCGAGGACUUCAUCAAGCGCUUCACGCCGAGCCGCCUGACGUCCGGGUCCAACAGCAGCAGCUCGUCCAGCCUGGCGGCCGGCCGCUCGGCGCAGAAGCAGAGCUCGGCCAGCCUGCCCUCGCCCUGCGCGGACAGCGCCCUCCUCAGGCUGGAGGAGGAACAGCACCCCGCCCGGCCGCCGGACCCGCAGAGCGCCUUCGGCCCCGCGGCCCCGGACGGCGGCCCCGCGCCCGAGGAGGGCGAACUGCGCUACGAGGCCGAGUCGCCCGACGAGGCGGCGCUGGUCUACGCCGCCCGCGCCUACCGGUGCUCGCUGGUGGGCCGUCUGCCCGACCAGGUGACCGUGGAGCUGUCGCACCUGGGCCGGCUGCACUUCGAGCUGCUGCACACCCUCGCCUUCGACUCCACCCGCAAGCGCAUGUCCGUGGUGGUCCGGCAUCCGCUGACCAAUCAGAUCACCGUCUACACCAAAGGGGCUGACUCCAGCGUCAUGGACCUGAUCCAAACGCCGUCCUCCGGUGACACCAGAAGUAAACGCCAGAGAAAGAGUCUGUUCAAAACGCAGAAUUAUCUCAACCUGUACGCGGCCAGCGGCCUCAGAACUCUCUGCAUCGCCAAAAAGACUCUGACCGAGGCGGAGUACGGAGCCUGGCUGGAGAGCCACUUGCAGGCAGAGACGGCCAUUCAGGGAAGAGAGGAGCUGCUGUUUCAGUCUGCCGUGAAACUGGAAACAAACCUUCAUCUCCUGGGGGCCACUGGGAUUGAGGACCGGCUGCAGGACGGGGUGCCAGAGACCAUCGCCUCCCUGCGGAAGGCGGGGCUGCAGAUCUGGGUGCUGACUGGAGACAAGCAGGAGACGGCCAUCAACAUCGCCUACGCCUGCAGGCUGCUGGACCCCGAGGAGGAGCUCAUCAUUCUCAACGCCGACACACAGGAAGCGUGUGCCGUGCUGCUGGAAGAGAGCCUCCACUACAUCCAGUCCAAGUUCCUGUGCGACUUCCCCGAGCAGGGCAGCCGGGCCUCGCCCGACGACCUGGGCCCGCCGGGGCCCCUGGGGUCGCCGGGGCCGCCGCCCGCCCUGGUCCACCGGCUGGGGCUGGUGAUCGACGGGAGGACGCUGGCCUACGCGCUGGACGGCAGCCUGGAGGAGCGCUUCCUGGCGGUGGCUCGGAGCUGCCGCUCGGUGCUGUGCUGCCGCUCCACGCCCCUGCAGAAGAGCAUGGUGGUCAAGCUGGUGCGCAGCAAGCUCAAGGUCAUGACGCUGGCCAUAGGUGACGGGGCGAAUGAUGUCAGCAUGAUCCAGGUGGCUGAUGUAGGGGUCGGGAUCUCAGGGCAGGAGGGGAUGCAGGCUGUGAUGGCCAGUGACUUCACCAUCCCCCGCUUCCAGUACCUGCAGAAGCUCCUGUUGGUCCAUGGUCACUGGUGCUACUCCCGACUGGCCAACAUGAUCCUGUAUUUCUUCUACAAGAACGCUAUGUUUGUGGCGCUGAUCUUCUGGUAUCAGUUCUACUCGGGCUUCUCAGGGUCAGCCAUGAUUGAUCAGUGGUAUCUCAUCUUCUUCAACCUGAUGUUCUCCGCCUUUCCUCAACUCAUCACCGGCACCCUGGACAAGGACGUGUCAGCGGAAACCCUGCAGAACCUACCUCAGCUCUACAUGAACGGGCAGAACUCCGAGGAAUAUAAGCCAUACAUGUUCUGGAUGAACAUGAUUGAUGCCUUCUACCAAAGCAUUGUCUGCUUCUUCAUCCCCUACUUUGCCUAUGCUGACUCAGACGUGGACUUGUUUACAUGGGGCACACCCAUCACUACUCUGGCCCUCUUCACUAUCCUGCUCCACCUGGGCAUCGAAACCAAAACAUGGACCUGGCUGAACUGGGCCUCCAUCCUCUUCAGCGUCAGCCUGUUUUUUACGGUGGCCCUGUGCUACAACGCCUCCUGCCCCGUCUGCUACCCCCCCUCCAACCCGUACUGGACCAUGCAGAGGCUGCUGGGAGACCCGCUCUUCUACCUGCUGUGUGUCAUUACCCCGGUGGUGGCCGUGCUGCCCAGAUACUUCUACAGGGCCUGCCAGGGCUCCCUGUUCCCCAGCCUGGUACAGGUCGGCCGGCAGCUGGACAAGCUCUCCCCGGAAUCCCGCGGAAGCUUCCUGAGCCAGCGGUCCAUGUGCGGAGCCCGCGUCCCCCCGUACCCCUUCCCCGGGCCCUUCCCGAAGGAGUACGCCCCCAGCGCCCCGCAGUCCCACCCCUGCCCGACGUGGGGCAGCCCCAACGACUCCAAGCAGCCCAUAGACCAGCUGAGGCCGGGCUGCUGCACCCCCCGAGUGUCGGACAGUAAAGAGGGGGGCCCCGACCGGCCCGCACCGGCCGCCUCUCUGGACAAAAGCGCGCCCCGCCCCGCGGAGCCCCCCAGCCCUGCUCGGACCCCCCCCGUCCCGUAGCUCCCCUCGGCCGGACCCCGCCCCGGACCCCGCCCUGGACCCCCCAGACUUCCGGGGGCUGAACUGGACGCCCCCGCCGCCCUUCCCUGAGCGGGACGGGGUGCCUCUGAGGGCCCUGUCUGCGUGUGACCCGCAGCGGGCGGGACGAGGGGAAGGGCGUCACGCCCCAAACGCGCCAGACUGCGCGGAGACGGACGCCCUUUACCCCCACAGAGAGGGCCUCCUCACAACAACGCUCUUAUGAUCUCUGAUCUCCCCCAACGCUGUUCAGAUUUGCACGUUCAUGGGGAACUCCCACCCUUUCAGGAGGGAAACCCUGCCCAACCCAACCCUAGUUGCAUAAAGCUAUAAAUAGGUACUAUAUGUAUAUAUAUGUGUCAUCUCUAAAAUGUAAAGAGCCUUAUUCAGCUGGAUGGAUCGGAUAAAGCACACUGUAUAUUUCUUGAGGAAAUGUUAGUGGUUUUGACGAGAGGUUGUUUUUUUGUGUUUUUGCUGUCGGUUAAUAUUUUUUAAUGGUUUUAUUCAGAUUUAUCCUAUGCAGAAUAUCACUGGUGAUGCUUAUGACUUAUGACUAGGCAUUUAAUUAGCUCGUCCUGUUGUGUGUAUAUAGAGCAUCUAAAUAAAUGUAUGACUAUUUAUGCAUGGAUGCUUUUAUAAAGAAGUAAAUUAUAUGGAUUUUUUGCUAAUCAUAAAUGUCUAUGAUGCAAGUUUGAGUAAUUGAUCAUGUGUGACAGGUCACGGUGUGCUUUAGUUAUUUUUUUGGAAUGCUCUUCCUAAGUCAGUGUUCUAGAACUCCAUUGCUCUCAGUUACCAGUAGUGAUUAUUACAUCAGCAUGAGAACGUUCGGUUAAGAACAUCCAUCCAUCCUUCCGUUAUCUAUACCCGCUUAUCCUGGGCAGGGUCGCGGGGGGUGCUGGAGCCUAUACCCGGCGUGCGUUGGUUAAGAGGCAGGAGUACACUGGACGGGCCAGUUGAGAACAGUCUAAUUGCAUAUUUGUGAUUUGACAUCUUAAAGGGUUAGGUGGCAUUGGUUGUGGCUCGAGCAUGGCAUCACCGCUUCUGUCUGACAGGGGAUUGGACGGAGUAUGAGAUGCCAUCGCUUGUUAAUCCAGAUGCAGUUUUGUGGUGCUUCACGAGAGCUGACUGUUUAGCUUUACUUGUGGUUUGUCUAUGUGCCUGUGGCAGAAAGAGUGUUUCUAGUCAUUAGGCGUUAAUAACUUGCAAAUGCCUCUUCACCUGUUGAGUUUCAAACUCGGUGUAAGCAAAUGGGACAGUGCCCCUUCUUAUCAAGCAAAGGACGCCUUCACGAUGUGUUUUAGUUCAGUGUCCUCUUCCCCAAUGAGUCCGUAAGCUGGACAUGUCCGGACAUUAUAGGCCACAUUCUGGAGGACUGUGGAGAAAGCCCGUCAGGUGGCCCGUUAAAUAGAUGCAGUAACUGUUGUUGUUAGAUUAUUCACAGUACUGUUCUGCUGCCAGUUCUGCGUCAUCACUGGAUUGCAUCAGAAGAUAAAAUGAGCAUGUGCAAAACAACUGGAGAUAUUACAGCACACACACCUGUGUAAGUCUGCACACACUGAGGUAACGUUGUGUUUAUGCACCAUUGAAGGUCACUGGAGCAUAUCAUGGUCUGUCAUUAAUGAACAAAUUAAUCAAAUCAGUUUAGCCAGCAGCCAAAAAUCUUUUGCAGGAAACGGUGACUGAUUUCUUUUAACGGUCACUGUGUUUACUAUAGGAGCACAAGCUAUGUGGCAAUGCUAAUUACCAAACAUACUGUUCUGUUUUUAUUUUUAUAUAUCCAUUUAUUUUAUGUUUUUAUGUACACAAGCCAGGUUUCCUGGGUUCUUUUAAAAUUGUGUUGCCAUUCUAAUCCACCUGACAAAUGUGACCCAGCUGGCCAAUAAUAGGCUUCUGUCCUUCUGAUCGCUGGGUCAGUGGUUGGGUUGGUCUUUGGCGACCCCAGGAUAUCCUCCAGCUGUAGUUUUGCACACUGAGGUCAUAUUGGCCUACUGUGUAAUUGUGGCGCUGGGUAACGUGUGCUGGAGUAAUUAGGGUCCGCACUUCGUCGUGUCUGCCGGUUGCUAAACCCGCGAGGCACCUAUGUAAUGCUGCUUCUAAACCCCACACGUCUAAGCCUGAACCACAUCAUGUCCUCUGUGGUUGGUUUGUGGACCAGGAAUAUUUUUCCGUUGGAAAAUCCCCACCCCCUAGGCAUAAGCAAUAAUGAUCAUGGUCAGACAGUAAUGGUCAACCCCAUGUUAUCUCCAUGCUGUAUGGGUUAUUGUAAUUCCAGUGGGGUCAACAAUUUGGUCUAGCGCUGGUUAGCUUCACUGAGCCAUUAGUAUGCUUCAGCAUUGGCUGAUGUUCAAGUUUCUCUCUUUUUUUUUAUUUUGGGGGUGGCUGCCGUUGCUAGGAAACCUCUUACCAGGUUUUGUCCGCCAAAGAAGCCAAGUCACAGAAGCUGUGACGUCACAGAAAAAGGCCAAAGAAAUGAAUGCGAGAAAUGUUUUCUUAUGGGGAAAAACUCCAGAAUGGACACCAGCCAACAGGAAACGCUGAAGUGUGACUGAGGCCCUGUCGGGUGGCACACACAGACGGCUCACUGUGCUGUCCAGGGAUGGAAGGGUGCGGUUGGUGGGAUUGUCCCUGUUUCACCGCGCACUCCUCUUAUUGGCUGCACACGCAGUCUGUUCCACCAGUGACUGUUCAGCACUGCCGGUGGUGCUUGUGCUGACCGAAUGAUCUUGACAGAAUCCUGUCUGAAGCACCAAAAAAAAAAAACCUUUUCUAGAACAAAUUGGGCAGCAUUUUUUCCUCUGAAUUCAGAUGGGUGUCUUUACUCCAUUUCAACAGCACACUACCAGUACUGUGUUUAGGACUGAGUGAAUGGAAUGAGAGAGGAAAAGCCAAUGACUGCUUUUUUUUUUCUCUGCUGCAAAUUUCACUCAGUCCUUUGUAAACAUCCUUUUGCUAUCAAAAUGACUUAAUUAACGGUUCAUUUUGAUCCAACAGUUCCGUAUGUAUUGGGUAGGUGUCUUACAAAGGAUGGUGGUCCUGGGGAAUUUAAGAACUACAAAUUAGGUUCACUGUCUCCCCUAUGGAAGCUCACGCGGUUCCAGUUUUAUGUGUUUUUCCUCACAGUAGACAGGUUUUAUAGUCCAUAACGCCUAAUCAUAUUUAAUAUUACUGUGAGAUAUUUUAAGAUCACAUCAUCAAGUUGUCUGUCUGAAUACAGACCUGACUUAAGAUCACAGCUGGAUCUACUGUGAGAUAUUUUAAGAUCACAUCAUCAGGUUGUCUGAAUAUAGACCUGAGAUCACAGCUGGCUUGUGGGAGGGAAAGUUUACCAUUUGGAUUGACCUGUGCUGAAUUAUGCUGAAUUUUGUUUUGACUGAAUCUUGAGGUAAUGUUAUGGCUGAAAGGACCAAAUGGGAUGUUGCAGUGCCAAAUUACUGGAUCUCUGUUGUUUCCCAGCUACUUUUGGAUCAUUUUGAAUAACUUGCAUCUGUAAUGAUGAAAGACAGUUGUGAGAUUCUACUUAAGAUUGGUGUUUACCAAUGCUGAUGGUUACAUGCUCAUUAUUAUGCUAAUGCUAAUAUUGAUUAUAUAUGUAACUAGAAAGAGAUGCCUGAACAUUGAUAAGCUAUGGGCAUUGUCAAUCUCUCCCCUUUGCAUUUGUUGUUCCACCUUAAUUUGAAUACUGUGUAUUUCUCUUUGAAUGUGAGCUUGGACUGUUUUAACAUUAAUGUUUCACUGAGGGUUCACCGAUAUCAACGGUAGUUUUAACUCUGGAAUUUUUUUUUUUUUACCAAGUCAUUUUAUAAUUUCUGUCAAUCAGAUAUGUUCUAUUGUAUAUUCAUUAAAUGUAGGUCCUUACUGAAAAGGAUAGGAUACAGUCCCUUCCCACCAUUUCCAUUCCUCUCCACUUUCCAUUUCUGAUAAAGAUGCCUGACAUGGCAACAGUAACCAUGUGGGGGUGGAGCCAGAGGGAUGGCUCCAGUUGAUUGGAUCUUUUAGACUACCAGCGUCGUCUGCUUAUGGUCUUGCAGACAUUAAGCAGAAAUUUGAACUAUGUAAAUUCCAGGAAAAAGAAAAUGGUGAUACAUAAUUUCAUUAUUAAUAGUUAGAGACUGAAUACCAGUGAUGAGAUUUAAGCUGGACUUAAACUCCGACUCAUUUGCAAUGUACAAGUCCUGGCUGUAGGGUCUGUUGAGAGAGAGCUUUUAAUGCUUCUAUGGCGAGUCAAUUAAGGAGAGGGAUAGGAUCAAUAUUCUACCUGUUACAGGAUUCAGACCUCUGCCCCCUAGGAUAAGAGGAUGGAGGAUCAUGAUUAUGCAUAUAGUAAAAGUGUAAUAUUUCAUAAGAAUUUUUAAUUUCACGCGUUGUCAGCUUUGGGACAGACUUCAGGAACACUAGGCCUGUGUUUGUGCAGAAAACCCCAGUUAAGUGGUCCCCUGAGCUGGGUUUGACUUCCUACUAAGGAGUGUCAAAAACAUUCAAAGGUUUUUAAAAAAAAAAAAAAAAAAGUAUUUAUUUUUAUAUAUUUUUUUGAGACUGAAAAAUCAGCUUUUUUUUUUUUUUUUUUUUUGAAAGGUUACAUUCUUUGCCUUGUCACAGGGCGUGACACCAAGCGGCUUCCUGUGUACACGGCUCGCCUUCAAAGAACUCUAAACUCCAGGAGUGGCGUGUCAUUGUGUAGCCUGAAACUCUCCCACAGGCAACUCAGCUGGUGACUUCCCUAAUACGUGCAGCUUAGCUCUCCACCAGUACUGUCUCAUCAAGACCAUCGCAAAAAAAUAUAAAUAAAUUUAAAAAAUGAAUUAUGCUAUGGAAGUCCGACAGGUGUGUCACAACCUUUAUUCAAUUGCUGUUGAGUAAGUGCUUCUGUUCCUGGCUAAAUAUGUUGGGUUGAUUGCAAAUAAACUUGUAAGCCAUAAUUAUAA